ACAAAGCAAGAAGAAGCCUUCUGCAUGCUGUGUUUGGACUGCACUGGCAAUCUACUUAAUGACGCUAACUCUAGGCCUGGGACUAUUGGCGAUAAAAGUGUUUAACAUGCAGGAGGAAAUACGCAAAAUCCAAAGAGAAGACGACUCUCAUUUACCAGAGGAACUGGUCAUCCCCUUCUACAAUGAAACUCUUCCAGAGAGAAGCUUUUACAGAAGGAACACCAAAGAUGAAGAAACAUUGAUCGAAAGCUUAGAAGAGGAAAUCGACACCAUUAGGGUCAGCAACCACAAUUUAUUGAUGAGGAUGAACAAUAUCACACUGGCUGCAGGGCAACUUGGAAUCAAAGGAGAACCUGGUCCUCCAGGAGGAAAAGGUGAGAAGGGAGACAUGGGUCCCCGAGGACCAGCUGGAAGCAAAGGAGAACCGGGGUCAAAGGGUAUUGGAUUUCCUGGGGAGAAAGGAGAGAAGGGGAUACCUGGAGGAGUAGGAGCUCCAGGUGCCAAGGGAGACAAGGGAGAAGCAGGUUUUAGAGGACUACCGGGUGAAGAUGGAAGUGAAGGGGACAGGGGCCUUGCUGGUCCAAAAGGUGAACCAGGAAUGAAAGGGGAUAGGGGGCCUACAGGUCUUCAAGGAAGUAAAGGUGAAGUGGGUAAGAAGGGAGAGAUGGGCCCCAAAGGAUCAAUUGGUGUUCCUGGAAACAAGGGAGAUGCAGGUAGAGUGGGUGCACCAGGGCUUCCAGGACAGAAAGGAGAGGCAGGCAUUCCAGGACCAAAGGGAGAACAGGGAAAUUCAGGGUUUAGAGGCCAACAUGGUGAAAGUAGUAGGCAUUUUGGCAUUCAAGGUCCAAAAGGUGAACCAGGAAUGAAAGGAUCCAAAGGAGACAUGGGACCUAGAGGACUUCCAGGGAACAAAGGUGACAGGGGUGAACCAGCGGAACGCUACUCCAACCCCAACAUAAGGCUCGUUGGAACAGCUAAGGAGGGCCGUGUCGAAAUUAUGUACAAAGGAAAGUGGGGAACAAUAUGUGAUGAUAAAUGGGACAAAAAAGAUGGAACCGUGGUCUGCAAAAUGCUGGGAUAUAGUCAUGCACUUCGCACCAUAAAAGUAUCUCCAGGUUCUAAUCCAAUUUGGCUUGAUGACGUGGAGUGCAGUGGAACAGAAGCCUCCAUUUUUGACUGUGAAAAAAGCGACUGGGGGGAGCAUAACUGCAGCCACAUGGAAGAUGCUGGUGUGGAAUGUGCCUAAGACGGUGUAGAAAUGGGCACGGAUACACUGCUGUCUGGCACAAGAUGUCUUAAUUCCAUAAGUUCCAAUAGCCUGUGCUGCUGUUGUCCAUGACUGGGACUUGCUUCUUUGUUUCUGUGUUUGUAAAACUGUUGGUUUCUUUACCUAUUUUAAAAAUAUGCAUUAAUGAGGCAAGUCAUUUUUCCUUAAAUCUUUAAUAACCAGUAAGGCCAAAAGUAAACCAGGAAAUCCAGUUGCUACAAAACAAUGAAAUACCCAAGUCAUUCAAACACGCGUAAAUCUUUGGGUAACCUGGCCGGUCUGGUAUCCAGCAAUCAUGUAUUCUACACAGAGUGGAAGGAUAGUGGAAGUUAAAGCAUAAACGUAAGAGACUAUGCCCUGCACUCUUCCUAGCUCUUCCCUGGACCUCCUUCAUGACCAUGGCCAAAUCACUAAGGCCCAGAUCCUUAAAGUGAGGAGUUAGGCACAUGAAAAUCUUUGAGGAUCUGGGCCUUAACCUCUCUGUUUCUCGGUUUCACAGUCUCCCAAUCUAUUAAAUGGAGGUAAUGAUACUGACCUCUCAGGAGUAUUCUGAAGACUGAUUCAUAUUCAAAAGUCCUUUUAGAUCCUCAGACAUAAGGCUCUAUGGAAGUAUAGAAAUAUAUACCAAUAUAAAGCAGGAGCAUGCAUUAGCCACAGUAAUAUUCUGACAGGAAGUCAGCUUGCAGAGUUAACUGUCCUAUAUGUAGAUACAUAAUGGCUUCCAUCCUUUACUGUCUGUUAUACAGAACCAUGUCUGAUGCAUUGAUUUUUAUUUGUACUGAGCACUUCUUUCUUCUUAAGGAUCCACAACACACCCCUGCACCAUACAUUUACAUAUUGUAAUGUGGUGGAUGAACAGUAGCCCAUACAGAGCUGUGUACAAUAUAUCUUGCU